AUGAUAAAUCAGUAUUCAAUCAAGGAGAGACUGAAUCAUUUGAUGAAGCCUGGAACAGAUUUAAAAACAUGCUCCGGAAAUGCCCUCAGCAUGGGUUCGAUAAAAAGACCCAGAUUCGAUUCUUCUACACAGAAUUACUUUCAUACCAUAAGAGCAUGGGCGAUUCCAAAGAAAACUCCACGUGUCUACGAGGUGGACGCUUUUUCAGCAAUAUCUACAAAAAUUGGUUCUCUCUAUGCGAAAUUUUUGAAGGAUAUCAUAUCAAAUAAACGCAAGCUGGAAGAUCAUGAGACAGUUAUGCUUACUAAGGAAUGUAGUGCCAGAAUUCAGAAUAAGCUUCCACCAAAACUAAAAGAUCCAGGGAGUUUUACUAUUCCUUGCACAAUCGGUGAAGUGUAUUUUGAUAAAGUUGAGAAGUUCAUAUUCCCAGCGGACUUUCUUAUCCUGGACAUGGAAGAGGAUAAGGACGUUCCAUUGAUAUUUAGCAGACCAUUUCUGGCAAUAGGGAGAGCGUUAAUUGAUGUUCAAAGAGCAGAAUUUGACAGCUGUUAUCAAGUUGACAUUAUUGACAAGGCAGUACAAGAAACAUUCUUACUACACGGUCCAUCUGAUGCCUAUGAGACCAACCCGCCGUACACAAGAAAGAAACACUUCGAGGAACUAGGGACAAGAAAUAAAAAGCCACUACCUUCCAUUCAGCGGCCACCAGUUUUAGAACUCAAACAACUAUCGCCACAUCUCAAAUAUGCUUAUUUAGGAGAGUCAGAUACACAUCCAGUAAUCAUUUCGAACACAGUCAGUGAGAUGGAGGAGGAAAAACUGCUCAGGGUACUUAGAGAGAACAAGACGGCGAUUGGUUGGAUAAUAGUUGACAUUAAAGGAAUCAGUCCUUCCCUGUGCAUGCAUAAAAUUUUAAUGGAGGAAAAUUGCAAGCCUAGCAUAGAAAGUCAGAGAAGAUUGAACCCAAACAUGAAGGAAGUGGUCAGGGCUGAGAUACUGAAGUUAUUGGAUGCAAGAAUUAUCUACCCAAUUUCGGAUAGUGCAUGGAUCAGCCCUGUUCAAGUGGUAUCGAAAAAAGGGAGAAUCACAGUGAUACCUGUCGCACCAGAGGAUCAGGAGAAGAAAUUGGGAAAAAGGCCACUUUAUGGUGCAGGAAGGCAUUUUAAAGGAGUUCGCAAUUUUUUGGGGCACGCUGGGUUCUACCGGAGGUUUAUAAAAGAGUUCUCGAAGAUCACUAAACCUUUGUGCAAUUUGCUAAUGAAAGAUGUAACCUUUGAGUUCAAUGAGAAUUAUCUCACAGCCUUCAACACUUUAAAGGAAAAGCUUAUGACAACACCAGUAAUUGUAGCAUCGGACUGGGAAUUGCCUUUUGAAUUGAUGUGUGAUGCAAGUGAUCACGUUGUAGGUACAGAGCUAUUGGCUGUGGUAUUUGCAUUCGACAAAUUCAGGUCAUACCUCGUCGGGUCUAAAGUCAUCGUCUAUACUGAUCAUGUUGCAUUGAAGUAUCUGCUCACAAAGAAGGAUGCAAAGUCGAGAUUAAUUCGUUGGGUGCUGUUGUUGCAAGAAUUUGACAUUGAGAUACGCAACAAGAAGGGCACCGAGAACGUAGUAGCAGAUCGCCUAUCCAAACUAGAACCUGGGGAAACGGAAGAUUUAGUGGAUAUAAAUGAGAUCUUCCCGAAUGAACAGAUGUUGAGAGUAGAUGAAGCACCUUGGUACGCAGAUAUUGUCAAUUACUUAGCCAGUUCCAUUCCACCGCCUGACUGCUCCAGUCACCAAAGAAAAAAAUUCUUCGCCGAGUUAAAAUACUAUUUCUGGGAGGAUCCAAUUCUCUAUAGACGAGGAGCUGAUCAGAUAGAGAGGAGCUGGCAAGUUGAGGUAUCUAAUCGGCAGUUGAAGAGAAUACUAGAAGUCACUGUGAAUUCAUCUAGAAAGGAUUGGUCUAAAAAGUUGGACGAUGCAUUAUAG